AUGGAGAAGAAUAAGAAGAUAGGGAAGGAGCAACUGGUAUGCUGGGUGGAGAAAAUGCUAAAGAGAAAGCCUUUCCAUUUUAGUGACCUAAAAGAUGGAGGGGUGUACGUGGAUCUCUUCCAGUGCAUAUGGCCGCAGAUGAUGAAAAAAUACGAAGAGAGAUACCAACAUAGAGACAUGACUAAAGAGAAAGAAAAAACAAACUGGAUAAUUAUAAACUGUGUCCUUAAUGAUCUAAAGAUCGAUUCUGAUUUUAUAAGCUACAGCGAUAUAGGUACAGGACACUUUAGCAGAUGCUACGAAUCCUUGAUUGUUCUAUUCUUCCUGCAUUCAUUAGUGGAGCAUCACGAAUGUGACUUUGUGUUAGCCUAUCCGGUGACGAAAAAAUUAACCGACUUUAUGUCAAGUGAGGAACCUCUAAAUUGUCUAAUCAGAGCUGGCUCUUUGCAACUUCCUCAGAAUUUUUGCGAUGACUUCUCAAACUCUGUCCAGGGGAAUAAUGUCACGGGAACGAAUGGUGAAGAAAGGGAGAGCCCCUUCGACAUGGGAGGGUUGCAAAACUGUGUCCCCUCCAAAUGGACUCAUGAAUCGCACCACAGUGACUUAACCAAUGAGCUAGAUUAUCCCUACAGUGCAAGCGGGAAGAAGUCGACCUUGGUGAGAAGCCGUGAAUUUGUUCCAACCUUUGCAGAUAGGUUUGUGGGUACGUCCGCCGAUACGUCUGCAAAUAUCUGUACAGUGAAUCGCGAUAAAUCCUUUCCCCACAGGAGAGACAGCCUCCUCUCCCUGAUUAGCAGCACGUCCACCGUUGCCUGCAGUAGUACAGGUUGGGACAGAGCUAGGGACACCUCAGAACGUGGCACCACUACAAAGGAGAGGGGACAUCCCCCCCUAUGUAACAUUGCAGAUGUUGUCUCCCACGAGGCAGCCUACCAAGGGAAAGCAACCACCAUCAAAUGUGUAGAGAAGAGCCGAAUCGCUGAAACAAUCACCGGUGAGAAACGGCUGAACAAUGAGGCAACAAACGAAGAUCCUAUCAGAUGCGGAAACAACGUCCCAUACAGCUUCGACCAAAUGGUCAGCCACCCCCGCAGCAACUUCUUCAAAUACUUCAACAAAAGAGAAGUAGGAAGAAGUGGAAUUUUGGAAAAGGGGCCACACGAUCAUAGGAAAAGUGACUUUUUUCAGUCUCCCCAUUUAAACUGCCUCCCACUUCCACCUCCAAACAGUGGCAGUAUCAGUGGUGCAGAUGAUCACAAAGAUAUACACGCUGAUGUGAAGAAGACCAAAGUGGAUGCCAGCUGUCAAGCCGAGAAUGAUCCCUUGUUUAAUUUCCUACUUAACGACGAUUCGGUGAGAAAUUUAAAAGUGACCUGGAACGAUGAAGAGAAAAAUGUUAAAGGGGAAUCCUUCAUUUGGUUUUUAAAGACGCAAAUGAAGAAGUACAAAAGGGAAGUUCGUCUCAGGGAGGAGGAACUCGAAGUGACUAGCCAAAUGAAGAAUAAAGAAAUCGAAGAUGUUAAAAUGGCUCACUCUAUCCAACUAGCGAUGCUCCGAGAGAAACAACAAGCUGAGAUUUUUUCCUUAAAACAGCAACACUUGGAUGAGGCGGCAAAAAUAAGGAAACACUUUGAGGCGAAAAUAUGCAACAUAGAAGAAGAUCUAACCCUAGACCUGGAUGUUCUCCACUGCCAGGAGAAGGACUCUCUUCUGAGUAAUCUACCCGAUGAGAAAAUGGAAUGGAGAAAAUCGGAUGAAGAGGAGACGCGUAUACCCAAGCAUGGGAAUACAGACCGUCGUGGAAGACAAGAUGGGCGGUAUGUCACAGAUGCGGCAGAUACACCAGUAGACUACGAUGAGGAGGAUGCAAACAUUAACCGUUUUCUCUUUGAGCAGGUCGAUAUGGGAAGUGUGAUCAGCGGAGGAGGUUCCGGGAGGGAUCACUACUACGACGACAUUCCGAGAAAGAGGAAAUUCUUAACUUUCGAUUACUGCCUUGAGAAUGGAAAAGUGGGAGAAACGCCAGAGGAGAAACCCGAAGGAGAACACCAGGGAGCGCUAUACACAGGAACAGAUGCAGAGCUAACUGGAAGGACAAGCGGAGGCACACCCCGUGUAGAAACCCACACGAGCAGCAACAUUCGGGAAGCCAUUAACAAAAUGAAGAAGCUUGUCAGCAGAAGAAACAUGGAGCACCAAAUGAACAACGAACAGAUCAGAGGCGAAAUUGCAACUCUGAGAAAUGCAGUUGAAAAUUUCCAAUGUCGACGAGGGGGCCAAUUCGAUCUAGUCACAGAGACUGCUCAGUUUGUGAGCGAACUAUUACAGUCUAUUGAUCGGGAGGAGGAGCAGCCGGAUCAGGGGGAGGAAGAAAAAGGGCCGCCCCGCAAAGGUUGGGACACGUUUUCCUAUAUAGAGAAGGAGCAAAAUAAAAUUUACGAGAUGAUAAAAAAAGGCCAUAAUGGACUCCUAAAAAACGAUCAAGUGGUGAAAAUCCUCGACGGGAGUUCCCUAAUUCGGCUACUCGUCCGCCUAGUUUGCGCGUUAAAGUUGGAAAGGGUGAAACGUCGCCUCGUCGGUCAACGGAUGGGCAGCAAAGAAGCUAGCGACAGGAGCAGCGAAAAAGGAAGCGACAAAAACAGCCAAAGAAGUGGCGAAACCGGGGUGAGGCUUGCAUUCGCGUCUAACGAUAUCCCAAGCAAUGAAAUAGACAAAAUCGAACACGAAAUGAAAACGGACGAACAUAUAAAAAAUGUCGAAAGGAAGAAUAAACGAUUACAAUGCCUCAAUGAGUACUACAAGAAGAGGUUAGGACAUCUGGAGGUAUGGGCAAAUGCCCUUGAAGACUUAAAAUCAAAGUGCAAAAAAUUCUACAGAGAAAAUGGCAGACAUGCGUUUAUCAAUGGAGGGGAAGAGAGGGCUCUUCACGAAUUCGCGGAGGUCCCUCCUUCAGGUGACCCAUCGGACGAGGCGGUCUCAUCUGAGCCGUUACCCCAUGGGCAGUUACCCCAGGCACAGUUACCACCCGAAUGUGUAUCGAUGUAUCCCCUUGCUUCGUCCCACCCGCUUGCAUCGUUGAGCCCCUUCCUGUGGUCCCCAAAAUUUUAUUUGCGAUCCUUUACAGAGGAAAACGAAAGGGACGCAGAACUCAUGCAUCUGUUGAAGCUUCUUGGUAGAGGUGAAAAUGAGGAGGAUGUACUUCUCUUCCAAAGUAGUACCCCGAUGAGGUGCCCAAAGAGUGAUAACGAGGUGAAGGAUGCCAGGGGGGGGGAAGAAAAUUCGAGGCAAUCGAAUCCAGAUAAGCUCAAUCUCAGUGUAUGUCCCACCGAAGCAUUGCUAAAAAAAAAACUAACAUACAACUUCUGGCGAAUUCUGGGAGAUAUGUACACCUACAGGAAUGUCAUAAUCGAAGCGUGCCAUUACAUUUGUCAUUCAAAUGGCAUGAUGAAUAAAUACAUCUUAACGAGUGAGGAGAAGAUGAAGAGAGAAAGAAGACAAUUCGAAGAGGCGUGCAACGGUAAGGACACUGUCCACAUGGCAGAAAGAUACAAGUGGAGACAACUCUUGGGAAGAGCCACAUUGAAUAGGGAUAUAUAUAAAGGGAAAUAUUUCCAACUAGAGAAAGAAAUUGAAAAAGAGAGAAAGAAUCUCCUGUAUCUAACCAACGUCUGCUAUGAAGAAGAGAGUGUCAAAUAUAAAAAUACGAUUCUUCAAUUUAGACAAGUGGAUCAUAACUAUAGGGUUUACAAAGCGAGAGAGAAAAAAUGGGUUCAGCUAGCCAAAUUGCUCAUAACCGAAUUGACAAAUUCCUCAAAGGAUAACCAGCAAGGAGUGAUGGAUGUCUGGCUGGAAAUUGUCGCAACGGAGAAGGGGAAGAAAAGGAAGCAGAAGGAGGAGAAGAAAAAAGAAAACUACGUGCAGGCGGGAAAUUUCAACUGGGAGACACAUAUUGAGGAAUGCAUGUCUAAUGACGCCUGCGAAGGUGUGGCUGAAGGUACCUCUCAUUUGACGUCAGUAAGACGGGUCAUAAAAGAGGUGGAAAAUUUAAGGGACACUCACAGAGGGGGUAAAAACAAAAUGAAGGGAACCUUAACCAAUUGCGCAAGGGACCACGUCGGAAUGAACAAAGGGAGCAGAACUACGAAUCGUGGCAAUACUACCACCCGUCGCUAUAGUGGCAAAUUUGGAUCCGCAUCAAAGGGGGGGAGAAAAAGUGUCCACAGCGAUGGCAGCAAUAGCCAUAUGUACCGCCAAGACGAUUCAUUGUGUAAGCAGGCGUCCCCCCCAGGCCGUGGUUCGAAUCGAACCAGCGCUGAACAGGACGAAGAGGCGAACGAGCGAAGCCAAUCGAACCGCAGCGGAGAUUAUUUUACAGGAAUGGACGUGAACUACAAGAGAGAUUUUAAGGGGAGUGGUGCGAACUAUUACACCAAAGACUUCCACACCUUCCUGAAUGAUGUACAAAGUAGUUGCGUCCUUAACUUCUCAUCUGCGAGUGAAUCGGACAUUUGGGUGUCAGAAGAGGAGCGGAUUCCCGAGCCGCUGCAUAGCGGAGGUGAUAACGGUGAGGACGGCGGCAGUGACUUAGGUGUAGGUGCCCUACGCCUUGCCGCUAGUAAAAGCGCUGUCCAAACCGCGAAUCAUGACAAUGGCGCAAAUCAGAGCCCCAGCCCAGGUGGCGAACCGUGGGAGACUCGCCUCAAACAUAUGGCAGAGGAGUCGUGUACGAUGUUCCAAAGGAUCCUCUGCAUGAAAGAAGAAGAAAUAACGCAAGGGAAGAAGCAAAUGGAACAUCUGGAAGGGGAACUAAACGAAAUGAAGAAGGAAAAACAGAGUCAGGAGAACAAAUACGCAUGUUUACAGGAACAACAAAAUGACUUAGUCAAGAGGUUAGGCUCCCUAAGGGACAUCAUAUCUGACCUGAAUGACCAAAUGUACAAAAUGAAUCGAGAAAAAAUCUGCAGUGAAAACGAAAGCUUAGCCAGACAACAGCAACUUCACACCAUUCUGAGGAAUUAUGAAUGUACCAUAGAAUUAAUAAAAUCUCAUUUGAAGAAGUAUCCCUCCGUUUUGUGCCUCCUAGAUACAGUAGCGGAUGGCGAUAAGGAGAUAAUCCUGGAGGUGGCCAACGCGGGGGAAAAUUACAACAGGGGGGUAAGUCUUUCUCUUCAGGUGGAUAAGCAUGCGCAAAUGAAGGAGAAACAAAAUUGUCUAAUUAAGAGGGUUGCAUGGGAGGAAGCGACAGAUGACGUCUCGCAAGUCAUGGCCAAUUUAGAGGGAGCCAAUAUGUCAAUCGGGGGGGAAGACAAAUGUGAGGGCAUCCCUGAUUUUUCUCUAACCGAUCUGAUGAGGGAUAUGGGGUGGGACAAUUAG